UUCACAUCCGGCGGGCCGUGCUUGAUGGGGCCGUAAUUGAAGUGGGGAAUUAUGGGGGAUCCCAUAAACACUAAUGACACGUUUCACAUGAUCUCACACACAUUGUGUUUACUGAGCUGAUUGUGUUUAUUUCAGGCCGAGCAGAAGAAGUUCAUAUGAUGACGGUACACCUGCUGCCGUCAUAACAGACACAGAGAGAUAAUGACGCCAACAAAAACCUGAGCCGUUUCCUGUGAGAUCUCACAUUGAGUUUAAUCCAAGAACAUUUCCACUCUGGAAUGAAAGAAAUUGACCGUCGAAGAAAAAUAUACGUUAUACAUUUAGAAGCAUCGCCUACAUAAUCCCGCAGAUAUGGCCAGUGUUCAGAAAGCUGUGGAGUCUGUAAUGAGUUCUUCAAUACGGGGUUUUGGCUCAAUUUCACACAUUUAGGUGCAUGUGCUUAUCCCUCUGCCAGCAUGUGGUUUCUGGAGCUCGACUCUGUGUGUGUCUUUCUCUGUGUGUGUCUUUCUCUGUGCGUGUGUGUGUGUGUGUGUGUGUUUCUGUUUCUCUGUGUGUGUGUGUGUGUUUGUGUGUGUUUCUCUGUGUGUGUGUGUGUGUGUGUUUCUGUGUGUGUGUGUGUGUGUGUGUGUGUGUGUUUCUCUAUGUGUUUCUCUGUGUGCGAGCGUGUGUGUGUGUGUGUGUUUCUCUGUGUGGGAGCAUGUGUGUGUGUGUGUGUGUUUCUCUGUGUUUGUGUUUCUCUGUGUGCGAGCAUGUGUGUGUGUGUGUGCGUGUGUGUUUCUCUGUGUGCGAGCAUGUGUGUGUGUGUGUGUGUGUGUGUGUGUGUGUGUGUGUGUGUGUGUGUGUUUCUCUGUGUGCGAGCAUGUGCGUGUGUGUGUGUUUCUCUGUGUGCGAGCAUCUGUGCGUGUGUGUGUGUGUGUGUGUGUGUGUUUCUGUGUGUGUGUGUGAGUGUGUUUCUCUGUGUGCGAGCAUCUGUGCGUGUGUGUGUGUGUGUGUGUGUGUGUUUCUGUGUGUGUGUGUGAGUGUGUUUCUCUGUGUGCGAGCAUCUGUGCGUGUGUGUGUGUGUUUCUCUGUGUGCACAUUCAAACAGUGUUUAGUUUAAUCACAUUUAUAAAAGAGAGAUACAGCUGUACCAUUAUUAUACCAAACACAAGCUCCUGGAGGCGGGACUACUAGUCAGAGUCAAAGUCUGCUAUUGUGUCUAUUCUGCCACAUGUAAAGUACACAAUCUGAAUAGAGGAUUGAAGUUGCGCUACUCUCAGACACUGUGUGUGUGUUUCUCUGUGUGUGCGUGUGUGUGUGUGUGUGUGUGUGUGUGUGUGUGUGUGUGUGUGUGUGUGUGUGUGUGUGUGUGCGUGUGUGUGUGCGUGUGUGUUUCUCUGUCUGCGUGUGUGUUGAUGUUGGAAUGCAGCGAGGGGCAUGAACGUUCCUCGAUUCUCAAACCAAUCACAAAGUCUAGCAGGAGGGUGCGGGGGUGAAGGAUGGAGUAUAAACACGCCGGUGAGCAGACGGACAUCAGACAGAAGACAAACGAACAUCAUCUGCUGAGAAGAAAGUGAGAUUCUGAGGAGCCAUGAAGACUUUGACUGUCCUGAGCGUGUGUGCUCUGCUGUCUGUCUGCAUGUCUAUGGGAGUUUACACAGAAGCUGACGCUGCUGGACAUUCUCUGGCUGAUUUGGUGGCGUCUCCGACCGCCGCUCCUGAGUCUCCCUCAUCGUCCUCAUCCGCCUCAGAUUCUGAUUCCUCCUCCUCAGAGUCCGAUUCCGUGUCUGAUUCCACCUCCUCAUCAUCAUCAUCAGAGUCUGAUUCUGCAUCUGAUUCCACCUCAGACUCGUCCUCCUCUGAGUCAAACUCGGCCAGUGCUGAAGGAACUCCUGCCAAUCACGUGCUGCUGAAGAGAGAUGUGGCUGCAAGACUUCUGCGACGCAGGAGAGCCGGAGCCAACGCAGCUGAUCUGAGUCCUCAACAACUGGAGAGCUUGAAAGAAGUGUGUGAGGUGAAUCUGGGAUGUGAACACAUGGCUGAAACCGCUGGGAUCAUUGCAGCUUAUACAGCGUAUUACGGACCCAUCCCAUAUUAAUACAUCAGUCACAGUCAUGACUGUCCCACAAACCCCAGAGAGCCUCAAAAUAAUAAUAAAGAGCUUUGGGUUUUGUUGAAGAGGAGAUACAUCACCAUUUGAGUGAUGAAGGUUAAAAAAGGGACUCAAGAGUGGAGAUAUGAACAUAAACAACUGUGUGUUUGUGUGUUUUAAUUCAUUAUAACGUCAUUUAGAUUCUUUUUAGAAGAAGUUUGUUGUUUUUGUGAAGAAAACUUUCCUCUUCACAACGUGACGGUGCUGUUAGUGUCAGUGUUUAACUCAUUUAUUCUGUAUUGUGCUGUAUAUACAUCCCCUGAUCAUUGUCAAUAAUCAUUCAAACUGUUUAUUUGUGAACAUUAAUAGUUGUAUAGAACAUAUGAUUCAAUAAAAUUACAAAAUUAAUUUUAAUUAAAAUUUUAUUAAAUUUAAUUAAGUCUCUGAUUGUUGUUUUGUUUUUUUAUUGUUUGUUUUAGUAAUAUAAUAAAUUGCUGAAAUGAA